GUCCACCACUCAGAAAAAGGAAAUCACUCUGAAGUGACGGAAUUUAUCAUUGCAGGCUUAACAGACCAACCUGAACUCCAGAUACCUCUUUUCAUCUUCUUCCUGGGCAUCUAUGUGGUCACUGUGGUAGGAAACCUGGGAAUGAUCAUCCUAAUUAUUCUUGGUUCCCACCUUCAUACCCCCAUGUACUAUUUCCUCAGUUGUCUGUCCUUCAUUGACCUCUGUCAAUCCACUGUCAUCACCCCCAAAAUGCUUGUGAACUUUGUGUCAGAGAAGAACAUCAUCUCCUACUCUGAGUGCAUAUUUCAGCUCUACUUCUUCAUUUUUUUAAUAAUUUCUGAGUGUUACAUGUUGGCAGUGAUGGCAUAUGACCGCUACGUUGCCAUCUGUAGCCCUCUGCUCUAUAAUGUCAUCAUGUCCCAUCAGGUCUGCUCCUGGCUGGUGGGUGCUGUGGGUGUUGUGGCGGUGGUUGGUGCCACAGUUCACACGGGUUGCAUGCUUAGAGUUUACUUCUGCAAGGACAAUAUUGUUAAUAAUUUCUUUUGUGAUCUUCUUCCCCUGUUCAAGCUCUCUUGCUCUGACACCUAUAUCAAUGAAGUAGUGCUUCUGGCUUUUGGUUCAUUUAACCUUUUUGUCCCAUCCCUGACUAUUUUUAGUUCUUAUGUUUUCAUCCUCUUCAGCAUUCUCCGUAUCCAGUCCACUGCUGGCAGAUCUAAAGCCUUCAGUACUUGUAGCUCCCAUAUCAUGGCUGUUUCUCUAUUCUUUGGUUCAACUGCAUACAUGUAUCUGCAGCCUUCUACCAACUCCAUGGACCAGGGGAAAGUGUCCUCAGUGUUUUAUACCAUAGUUAUCCCCAUGCUGAACCCCCUGAUCUACAGCCUCAGGAAUAAAGAUGUCAAGACUGCACUGAGGAAAAUCCUAGAGAAAAGAGUGUACGCAUGA